GAAUUCACUUUCUUCGAACUGUGUCGCCGUACCUAUUUUGGAAACUGUGAGGCAACAUUGCGUAGAGAAGCGGCUUGGUUUCCUGGAUUUUAUAAAAUUUGGGCCGCUUGGGCUCCACCAAAUGAGCGCGGACUCCUUGUGGGAUUCUCAUACGCGGGAGUGCACAUUGGCAACGCAAUCACACUUCCCAUUUCGGGUGCAUUGUGUCGUUCUGCGUCCUUCGGUUGGGCUUCCGUGUUCUAUUUCUACGGAGCCUUCAGCUUUAUAUACGCCGUUCUAUGGGCUACUUUGGUUUACGAUACCCCCAGAUCACAUCCGCGUAUCUCAGUGGAAGAGCAGCGAUUUAUCAUUGCACAGUGCGGAGAUCCAACCCCGAAACGGAAAAAGAAAUCCAAAAUUCCUAUCAAAGCAAUACUGACCUCUGUUCCAGUUUGGGCAUUUGUAGCCAUCAACGUGGGAUUCGAUUGGAACGGUUAUACAUUUCUAACCAGUAUGCCGGCCUACAUGCGUGAAGUGCUACAAUUCGAUAUUCAAGAGAAUGCCGGUUUAUCUGCUCUGCCAUACGUUGGUUUAUGGAUCGGACAAAUGUUUACAGGAAUGUUUGGGCCCGGAAUAGUCCUCAUUGUCAUGAGUUUCUUCACUUGUCACUGGAAAUAUUUAGCUGUUGCCUUGUUCACAUUCGGAUUGAUGUUGAACAGCGGGGUGUUUACCGGGGGCCUAUUGAAUCCCAUCGAACUGAGUCCAACACAUGCGGGUUUCAUUUUUGCCGGAUCGAACAGUUUGAGCGCGGCAACCGGAUUUAUCGGCCCGCUGGUGGUCAGUGCACUGACUCCAAAUAAAUCGUAUGAGGAAUGGCGCUAUGUCUUUUAUUUGGGUGCUGCGAUUUAUGCAGUCACCGGGUGCAUCUUCUUGUUCUUCUCCUCAUCUUCCAUUCAACCUUGGGCGAUCGAGCCACGUGAUCCUUGGUCCAGCGGGGAAUUGGGUGUUCAGGUUGAAAACGGCACACCCGACCCGGUUUCAAACGAUCACAAGGUGAACACAUUGAAGGAGGAGAGUAAACCAAUGAUGGAUUCAAGGGAACAUUUAAAUAGAAAACUAAAUGACCUUGACGGCACAGUGGCGUAA